UGUAUUAGGAUAUUCAGUUCGGCAGGAAUAGUUGACGUUGUCGGUUGUUUAAAUAUUGCAUAUAUUUCUUUUUUGUGUUUGUUACUAAAAAUAUUAAAAUGCGUAUUGAUGAACUGCUGCCUUGCAGAGUCAAGCUCGCCAAGCGGAUUCAAAAGUCCAACUGCGAUGCAGUCUGCAUUAUCGGCAGUGAAGUGCCCUCUGAAUUGGUGGGUGAAUUUGAACAACUCAGCAAAUUUGAUAAGGAGUUUGACAGUGCCGUCUCAUGCUUUAAAUCGUUCAUACUGGACUUGCCUAUAGUUUAUUCACCCGUAAAAGAAUUAACUGAUUACCACGAUGUGCGCACAUAUCAACAAGCAGCGGCCAAGGCGUUGGAGCGCGCCAUUAAGGGUGGCUUUGAAUCGCCCAUGCUGGUCGUGCCAGCGAGCCAAAGCUUCGCCAAUACCGAACUUUGUACCGUACUCGGUGCUUUGAACCAGUUAUAUGUCCCAAUUCAACUGCGCGAGGAUAAAUCGGCGGAGGCAAGGCGAGUUCAAAAGUUAUCUCUUUUAAUGACUUCGUCCAAAGCUGAGGAUAUUUUAAAGGAGGCUUUGUUAUUGGAAUCAGGUCGAAGGAUAGCGCGUGAUAUUGGUGUUGGUGACCCGGAGCGUAUGUCGCCUCCGCGCGUUGAAAGCUACGUUAACAAUGCACUUUGCUCAAUGAAUAUGAAACCAAUUGAAGAUGAGAAUGCGCUGGCACGUGGGUUUCCACUUUUUUAUGCCAUCAAUCGCGCUGCACGUCAAGUUCCUCGCCAUCGCGGUUGCAUCAUAUUGUUGGAGUAUGUGCCACCGAAGCCGGCACGCAAGACGCUCAUGCUGGUGGGUAAGGGAGUCACCUACGAUACUGGCGGUACCGAUAUCCAAGCUGGCCGUGUAAUGGCUGGCAAGUCACGUGAUAAAUGUGGUGCAGCUGCUGUCGCUGGAUUUAUGCAGAUUGUCAAUGAGAAAAAGCCUGCCGAUGUGCACGUUAUGGCCGCUCUAUGCAUGGUACGAAAUUCGUUGGGUGAGGAAUCAUAUGUCUGCGAUGAGAUUAUUACUUCACGCGCUGGUGUACGCGUGCGCGUUGGCAGCACUGAUACCGAAGGACCCAUGUGUAUAGCAGAUGCUCUAUGCCGCUUCAAGGAAAAGGCUGUCGAGGGCAAACUACCUGACCCACAUCUCAUUACUAUUGCAACUAUGACUGGCCACGCUCAUCUUUCAGCUGGUGAUGGUUACUCCAUUGCCAUCGACAAUAGUGUGGCACAUAAGGCUGGACAUGCACGUUUGCUGCAAGCGACCGGCCAAGCUUUCGGUGAACCAUUCGAGGUAUCCGUGUUGCGUCCAGAUGAUUUCGACUUUAACAAAGGCAAAGCGAUUGGCGAAGACAUCGUACAAUCCAAUAAAACACCUUCGAAACAAACAAAAAGAGGUCAUCAGAGUCCAGCCGCUUUUCUCAUUCAAGCCACUGGUUUGGACAAACAUGGCGUCGAUUCGAAGUUUCCAAUCAAAUAUACUCACAUUGACAUCGCUGGUAGUGCUUGUGUAUUUCCAGAGAUGCCAACUGGUGCACCGAUUGUAGCACUGGCGAAAACCCAUUUGGAUACUUAAUCGUCCGCCUUGUAUUUGAACCCAUAGUGCGUUGAAUGUCUCUAUAUUUAAUUUUUUAUUUUUUAUUAAAUUGUACUUAUAACCGCAAAUAUGUAGAUAUGUAACUUUGUUACUCUACUUUACCACUACGAAAUACAGUCACAUUCUAAAAGUCAAGUACUGCCAAA